ACUUACGUCGUCAAGACGACGCAUCGACUCCCUCGCUUUAGUAAGGCGUACUUGUCCGAUACAUUUUAUCUGAUGUCUCAUUGACAAUACCUAAUUGUCGAACAAAGAUCGCUUUUACAAAAAUGUCUUUGCAUUCGACACCCAUCCUGUAUUUAAAUAUGGGUGGCGAAAUGUUGUAUGUUUUGCGGCAGAGACUGAAGGCACAAAAAAUCGACGUCGAUAAAACAAUACAAGUAUUGGACGAGGUAACAACUACCUUACUCAAUCCCAAGAUACUAUCGCCAAUUUUCGAAGAGUCACCGAUGAUAGAAAUAUCACAAUUACGUGUUACUUUGGAGAGCGUUGUUCUUUCAUCCAUUAUGAAACUAGACAAAAGCAGUAUGGACAAACUGUUCGACCUGAUGAUCAUGAUGGUGAAGUAUCAAUUGAAAGUAGCUACUGGACCUAGAGAAAUCAUUCUCAUUACUUUGAAUCACAUAGACGCAAUGCGCGACAUGGUCAGCGAUGUAAACGCGCAAAAGUGCGUCAGCAUGGUACAUCAGAUGGUUGUUAACUUUUACGGUUGCCUGACCUUCGACGAGGUCUGGAAUGUGCGGCAGUGUUGCCUGAAGGAAUUAGAGCCAUACAACGUGCGAGUCUCGAUUCUCUUGCGACGCGGUCUGCAAAACGAUGACGCCAGCUUCAAUAUAAUACCUCAGAAAUAUGAUGAGAAAUAUAGUGAACACAAGAACACUCUAGCCACUAUGAGGAUUAAAGAUGUGAGUCCUGAAACAUGCUGUGGAGGAUCCUUUGAUACCUUUGGUGACAGAAAAACGUUAUUGGGCAAAAAUAUAUAUUUGCCAACGUAUGGCUUAACAGAAAAUGCAAGGCGAGACAGUCAACAGUUCUUAAGGGAUUGCGGCGCGAAAGCAGAAUUAGGUAUGCUGGCUGUUCAGCUUGGGACUGAGGAAGCUAAUUAUGAAAGACCGUUCACACUUAACUUAUUGUCAAACAUGGACGAGGAGAAUGUAAAUAAUUCAAAUAGGGAAAUUGAUGCUGAAGGAAACAACAAACGAAGUAACGUGGGAAGCGGAAAACCGAAAUUGAAUGAAGACUAUAAAGCUAAACUUGAUACUGCGUAUGCGGAUUUUUUUGAAGACGAACAAGAUUUGAAACGCAAUAUGGAUUUGCUCGACCUACUCGACGAGAUCGAAUAGAUUUUAACUUAAGAUGAAAUAUAUAGCGUAAUGCAAUUAUUUUUCCUAUAUUUUCUUGCAUAUUUAUAUACACCGAUAUCUUUCUACUAGAAAUACAUACAUUUCCAUGUGAAAAA